CAUUCAUAGUGAAAGUUAGAAAAGAACAAGCCACGGAAAGCAAGAGCAAGUGACACAAUUCUGUCGGAUAAAAUUAGGAGGCUUCUCUCAGUUGUAUGUCAGUAACAUCAAUGAAGAGUGACCGUUCAAUGGAUUCCCCUUGUUAUUUCAAAGAGAGAGAAAAGGUCUCUCAGCCAAAAGCAGAACCAGGAGAACCAUGUGACAUCUGCUCUGAGCGCAGAGCCAUGAAGCUUUGUCUGACCUGCUCUGUCUACUACUGUGAGAAACACAUGAGGAAGCACUUCAUAAUACAAGCACUGAGGAGACACGUCAUGGUGGAUGUCACUGAAGAAGUCAUACUACAGAGAAACACCUCGGAGAAGAAGAGGAGAGAGGAGCAGGAGGAAGAGGGAAGGAGAGAGGGACAGGAGGAGGGGCUGAGGUGGCAGACGAGGAAGGAGGACUUUAGGGAAGAGGAGAGGGGGCACCAUGAGGAUGGGGAACAACAGUGCAGAGAGAAGGAGAGGGAGAGAGAGAGGGAGAAGGAGAGAGAGAGGGAGAGAGAGAGGAAGAAGGAGGGAGAGAGAGAGAGGGAGAAGCAGCAGCAAUCGUUAGGGGACUCCUACGGCUAUACUGGCCAGGUCCAGCCUGAGACAUCCAGGGUAGACAGGGCAAAGUCCAAAUCCAUUCCUGAGCUGGACCAUGUGGAGAAACCAGAGAUCAACGUGACUAGCAGUGACGGGCUGGGUGAGGCAUCAUGGAUAAAGGGCCAGCAGAACCUGCCCAAGGUGCAGCUGGAGAGGCAGCAGAACCUGCCCAAGGAGCAGCUGGAGAGGCAACAGAACCUGCCCAAGGAGCAGCUGGAGAGGCAGCAGAACCUGCCCAAGGUGCAGCUGGAGAGGCAGCAGAACCUGCCCAAGGAGCAGCUGGAGAGGCAGCAGAACCUGCCCAGGGCGCAGCUGGAGAGGCAGCAGAACCUGCCCAAGGAGCAGCUGGAGAGGCAGCAGAACCUGCCCAAGGAGCAGCUGGAGAGGCAGCAGAACCUGCCCAAGGAGCAGCUGGAGAGGCAGCAGAACCUGCCCAAGGAGCAGCUGGAGAGGCAGCAGAUCCUGCCCAAGGAGCAGCUGGAGAGGCAGCAGAACCUGCCCAAGGCACAGCUGGAGAGGCAGCAGAUCCUGCCCAAGGAGCAGCUGGAGAGGCAGCAGAUCCUGCCCAAGGAGCAGCUGGAGAGGCAGCAGAUCUUGCCCAAGGAGCAGCUGGGGAGGCAGCAGAACCUGCCCAAGGAGCAGCUGGAGAGGCAGCAGAGCCUGCCCAAGGCGCAGCUGGAGAGGCAGCAGAUCUUGCCCAAGGAGCAGCUGGGGAGGCAGCAGAACCUGCCCAAGGAGCAGCUGGAGAGGCAGCAGAACCUGCCCAAGGCACAGCUGGAGAGGCAGCAGAUCCUGCCCAAGGAGCAGCUGGAGAGGCAGCAGAUCUUGCCCAAGGCGCAGCUGGAGAGGCAGCAGAACCUGCAGAUGAAAAAGAAAGUCAGACUACGCAACGACGACAGCUGGAUCCGCCAGUGUUCCACCAGCAAGCCUCCUGCCACCGGACCCAUCAGGAAAGGCAAGUCUCUCGACAACCUGGACAUCUGCUCUUCCUGGCACUCGUCGUGGACACCGGAGAGCACCUCCUCCAUCCUCAACUACAGUUGGCCUCACUCUGCCCUCAACAGCUACAUCGGCCGGGUCGGAGGUCAUUCCGGCUCAGCCACGAUGUCCUCUCUCUCCAUGAGCUCCCUCAGAGGAGCCGGGGUUGGAAGCAACCAGUCUUCAUGGUCCCAGCGCUCUCCCUCACCCUCCUCCUCCUCUUCCCCCUCCCCUUCUACUGGCCCCAAGUCCCAGUCAUUCCUAUCCGUGCAUGAAAGCAGCAGGACAGUGAGUGGCAAGGAAAUGUGUACGUUGUGUGACACGGCGCUGGUCAAGGGAGCCGCCAUGGUCAUCGAGUCCCUGGGACUCGUUUAUCAUUUGACGUGUUUCAAGUGCAUCAACUGUAAGUCCGAGCUGCUGGGCGCAUCGGAGGUCGGAGCGGAGGUCAGAAUACGGAACCGACAUCUCUUCUGUGACUCCUGCUACGUGAUUGAAAAGUGGACAGUCAACCUCCGUGAGAAAUGAGUCAAAAGAUUUUCAGAAGUAAAAGCAAGAUACGCCAGUAGUGUUGUUUCCAAAGGGAGCAAAUGAAACACAGUGGGCAGAACAAGGAGUUUCAAGUGAAGUUGUAUUGUCACAUGCACAGGAUUAAGCAGGUCGAACACAGUACAGUGAAACGUUAACUUGUGACCUCUUUCCCAACGAUGCACAAGGAAGCCAGUGAGAAAGAAAUAACAACAGGACAUGAGAGAAGAAACAUGAGGAUGCUGUUAUAUACAGGUCUGAUAUACUGGUCUGGUAUACAGGUCUGGUAUACAGGUCUGAUAUACAGGUCUGAUAUACAGGUC